AUGGCUAAUCUACAUAUCGCAAGUCGUAAGUCACCCUACCCUGGUACUAAAGAUGUUUAUAGAACAGUUGUAUCCGAUGAAAAAGUUCCUUGGAAUGUUAGUUGGCCUGAUUAUAAGCCAACUGAACAUACGGCUCAAAAAGUUUUAAAGAAUCCACCGUGGGCAGAUGAUGCUGAUCCAAAAAAGAUCAAACAUUAUAAUGAGCUUGAUGGAAAAAUUGAUCGAAAAAGUUUUAUGGGUGUGUAUGAAAUUGAUAAAGAAACAAAUCGACCGAAAAAUCCUCAAGGUCGUACUGGAUUAUCAGGUCGUGGUUUACUUGGUCGAUGGGGACCGAAUCAUGCUGGUGACUCGCUUUUAACACGGUGGUCAAAAGAUCAAUAUGAUAAUAAACAAAAAGUUUUAGAAAUUCUACUCAUCAGUCGAAAAGAUAAUGGGAAUUCAGCUUUCCCUGGUGGUAUGGUUGACCCAGGGUAA